AUGGCCGGGGGCUGGUGGGCAAAGGCGCAGGGUGGGGGGAUGCUGCUGGCUCUCCUCGGAUGGAUCAGCUCCUGCGUCACCACCUUCGUGCCACUCUGGAAGAACCUCAAUCUGGACCUGAACGAGCUGGAGGUCUGGAACAUGGGGCUCUGGCAGGUCUGCAUCACCCAGGAGGAGGGGGUGGUUGAAUGCCAAGCCCACGGCUCCUUCCUGGCGCUGCCUCCCGAGCUGCGCAUCUCUCGCCUCCUGAUGUGCCUCUCCAACGGGCUGGGGCUGCUGGGCUGUCUCCUCGCUGCCCUGGGGCUGGAGGGCUGGAGAGCCUGCGAAGACAAACCUGGGCGAAAGCGGCAGCUCCUGCUUGGCGGGGGAGUGACGCUUGGCAUGGCAGGGAUCACCACCCUGGUGCCAGUCUCCUGGGUCGCCUACAACACCGUCCUCGACUUCUGGGACGAGACUGUCCCCGACAUCGUCCCCAGGUGGGAGUUUGGGGAGGCCACCUUCCUGGGGUGGUUUGCUGGAGCCUUCCUUGCCGCCGGCGGGCUGCUCCUUGCCUGCAGCGCCCGCUCCACGAUGACCUCAGCGCCGCUGGCCCCUGCCUGCCGCCGGGCCCCUGCUGCACGAGGUCUGGCUGGGGGCCAGCACCUGCACCCCAAAAACGCAGACUUGGUCAUCUAG